AGAGCGCUAGUGAGAUUUUUUUUUUGUGUUCGUGCUCAUCAUCUUCACAUUGCACCAUCUGUGCGCACCGGUCCCAAAGAUGGUGUGCAGAUUUUAAACGUCUCAGUGUGUUUGUGCGUGUGUGUGUUCUUGUCCCACCGGAAGCGAAGGGUUGUGAAAAGCUUUAAUCGAUCGCGAACCUCCCCAACAUCAAAACUUCGCAACACCUUGAAAGGUUCGUCGGGGGUUGUUACAUUCGCCGACAGUCAAAUCGAUCAACUUCGCGAUCGAAUCGACGGAAACAAUAGGCGGAAUUUGUUGCAGCUCACAACCAUUAGCGAGGAAAAAAGAUUCCUACUGGACGCACUGAAACUGAGACCGGCAGGACGAAGUCGUUCGAUUUGCGAGCAAUCUGAUCCCCGCUUUAGCUCACCCAUUGCAAACAAACCCGUCAUUAAUGUGAGCAUCAUCAUGUCGCCGGCGAGAUUAUCACUCCGCGAGGAGGACAUCGUGCGGUUGGCGCUGGAAUUUCUGAACAACCGCGAGCUGCACAUCUCGCAGCUUUCGCUCGAGCGCGAAACCGGCGUCAUCAACGGGCAGUACUCGGACGAUGUACUGUUCCUCCGGCAGCUCAUCCUCGACGGCCAAUGGGACGAUGUGGUGGAGUUCAUACAGCCGCUCGAGGCGCUGCAAAAUUUCGACAUGAAGCAGUUUAAGUACAGCAUCCUGCGCCACAAGUAUAUUGAGCUGCUGUGCAUUAAAUCGGAGGCGGGCGGGCUAGCGGCGGGUCCGCCACUGAUCAACAACGUGGAGGGAGCGGUAGAGGAGGUGGUACAGGUGUUGGGUGAGCUGGAGAAGCUGUGCCCUUCGAAGGAGGAGUAUUCGGGGCUCUGUUUGCUGCUGACGCUGCCGAAACUGGGCGAUCACAUGCAGUACCGGGACUGGAACCCGAGCAAGGCGCGUGUACAGUGCUUUCGGGAGAUUUUCCCACUGGUGGAGAAGUUUCUGCCCGGUGACAAGAAGCUCGGUUCGGCCGGGGGUAUGCUGAGCGCGAAGAAUGACCGGUUGGUGCAGCUGCUGAUCAAGGGUGUGCUGUACGAAUCGUGUGUGAAUUACUGUCAGGUGAAGGCAACCGGGGCGGCCGAUACGGCGAGUCAGAAAAUUAACUUCUCACGAGUGCUGGACGGUUCGAUAGGAUUUACCGACUCGGAUCUCUCGCUGUUGAGCUGGUUGCAGAGCAUACCGGCCGAUACGUUUUCGGUUCCGUUCGAACAGAAAACACUCAACGUGGACGUGGAACGGCUCGAGAAGCCAUCGCUCGAAACCUCCUGGACCGAGCAUAUGCUCAUCACACCGAUCAAGCCGAAAACGUUCCCCCACUCUGUGAUGCCAUUCACGCGGCCACGCAGUGCCGCCGACAUCAUGACCCGUUCGCUGUUGCCUUCGCUGGAUGCCGUUUCGAGCUGCUUGAAUCCGAAAGCACCGAACGAAUCGUUUCCGAUGUCCCGUUCCAGUUUCGCUAGUUUUCACCUGACAGGCAUUAAACCGAGCAGCGGCAAGCUGAUGACCUCCAGUGUGGACCGGUUAUUCGAGAAUGGGGACGGGGGCGAAACCUACCGGAGUAGUAACUUUGCGGAGUAUCAGCAGGGACUCCCAUCGAUUGACGAGAUCGCUUCGGUGCAGUCGAAAUCACCCGAUCUGCAGGCAGUGGCCGGUGCGGUGGUCAAAGCGUGCGACAUUCAUCAGAACAGUGCCGAGCGGGACAGUCCCAACACGACCAACUCGACUGCCAAGAGCUCCCGGCGGGACUCACUGUCUGAGAAGGUAACAACGACGCAGCAACCGAUACCGACGGGACUUCCGCAUCACAGCCAACCGCAGUCGUCGGUGCCACCGUCAGCGAUCUCAACGCCGGGCAGUACUGCCGGCCCCAACAGUGCCAACAGUCCGGUACCACCAUUACCGGCAGGAGCUCCGAUACCUCCGCCAAACGUUGCUGGGGUUAUAUACGACCAGCCCAAACCAGCUGUAAAAUCUGCUCACAAUCCUCCUGUGGCAAAUAGCUACGGUACAAUCAACGGCAACGGUACUGCCGGUGGUAGCGGUGGUGGCGAGUUGUACGAAAAGUUUAAGCAGCAGAAGCAGAAUAAAGAAAGUGACUACAUUAUGAACGGUAAUCCGACGAUUGUUCCACCAACACACAUGAACAGCGCGGGAUCUACGGUGCCAGCACCGGUUAGCCAUACGAAUGGCAAUGGGGCACCGGCAGUGAUGGGUGCGCAUCCUUCAGAGGACGUGAUCGGGAACAAGGAUUAUGAGCAAUCGGACCAAAAUCGACCACGAUUUGUGGCGGUAACGACGCUGGAGGACGUGCAGGCGGUACGAUGUGCGGAGUUCCAUCCCAAUGGGCGCAUUUACGCGGUCGGGUCCAACUCGAAGACGUUCCGAAUCUGCGAAUAUCCAUCGUUAUCGGAGAUAAGGGAAGAUCACAGCACGUACCAACCGACCGUACUGUUCAAGCGAACGAAGCACCACAAGGGAUCGAUCUACUGUAUGGCGUGGUCACCGGCCGGUGAUCUCAUAGCGACCGGCUCGAACGACAAAACCGUGAAGCUGAUGCGGUUCAACGAGUCGCAGAAGCAGCUCGAGGGCCAAGAGAUGGAGCUGACGAUGCACGAUGGUACGGUGCGCGAUCUGUGCUUUCUCGAGGACAGCUCGAACAAAUCGAGCCUGCUGAUUAGUGGCGGUGCGGGCGAUUGCAAGAUCUACGUCACGGACUGCGAAACGUCCACCCCGUUCCAGGCGCUCAGUGGACACGGUGGCCAUGUACUGUCGCUGUACAACUGGGGCGGUGUAAUGUUUGUUUCCGGUUCGCAGGAUAAAACCGUUCGAUUCUGGGAUCUGCGUACGCGCGGUUGCGUCAACAUGGUUACCCCCGCCACAUCACCGGGCUCUCGGCAGGGUUCUCCGGUGGCAGCGGUUUGUGUCGACCCCUCCGGACGGUUGCUGGUGUCGGGGCACGAAGAUAGCUCCUGCGUACUGUACGACAUUCGGGGCAACCGGCCGAUUCAAUGCUUUAAACCCCAUUCCGCUGACGUUAGAUCGAUUCGGUUUUCACCCUCCGCGUACUAUCUGCUAACGGCCGGUUACGACAACAAGCUCGUCCUGACCGACCUGCAAGGCGAUCUCACGAUGCCAUUACCGUCGGUGGUCGUCGCCCAGCACACGGACAAGGUGAUAUCGGGCCGCUGGCAUCCGGUCGAUUUCUCGUUUCUCUCCACCUCGGCGGACAAGACGGCCACCCUGUGGGCGCUGCCACCGAUCUAGAUCGCCAAUGAACCACGACCCGCAACCCGCAAAAAAGGCAGAAGCGAAAAGGCGUCGAAUUCAUGGAAACCAUCACCCUCCCCAGUGCACGAAUAAGCGCCCCGGUGAAACAAAACGGGGGAAAACGGGCGCACACUUGUUAUGUUAUCUGUAGAGGAUUUGUUUUGUUUAGCAUUCGUUUACUUCUUCUUUCGUUUGUUCAUACGUUUAUGCUCGUCUAACCUGCACGGACCCGUGGUGUGCACCUGCGGUUCACCAUUACCGCGCUGCACGAUUAGCAUUUUCUUUUCGUUUUUUUUCGUUCGUGUAUGGACUGCGUGAGGCAGUAUCAUGCGAGUGCGUGGCAUCGCAUACGCGCCUCCCCAUACAACAAGUCACCGGUGUAUGUUAUUUUUUGUGUAUUAUAUAUUAUAGCAUCUAAUGGGAAACAAGUUGCAGAGAUGAGCGGAUCCCCCCUUUUUAAGGCUGCAGCAUCGCCAAAAUGCUGCUUUAAAAGACAAGAAUGAGUCAACUGCAAAACAUAUUUUGCAGCCACCGCAAGAACAUUAAGCACACAAACUUUGCAUCCUUCCAACCUUAACCAUCCUCCCUCCCUUUUUCGUGUCCCAGUGCAUCGCCAGUGUGUGUUUGUGUGUAAAAAUCUACCACCAAUAUUGCUUUGUGUGUAGCCGCUGGCAAAAAAAGGGGGAAAGCUAGUGUAUUUAUGCUAUAUGACAUAAGUGAACGGAAUCUAACGAUAUUGUAGCAAUGUUAGGGAAAAACAUUAAAAUCAUUAAAAUAGAGAAGCGGGACAGGAAAAAAAGGGACGUAAAAACAAGGAUUUAGCAACAAAAAGCAAGACAGGCGUUAUUAGUAUCAGAAAAACAGAGAGAGAGAGUGGUUUGGUUAUAGUUGAAAUAGUCUUUUCAUAUACCAAUUUCUGGUGAUAUUUCUUCAUCAUAGCAUCACAAUAGAAUAACGUUCUCAUAUUGAACGGAAUGGUUUAAGUAUGGCUUAAGAAACACGAGAAACAAAUGCGAGAAAAAAAAAAACACAGGCGCAAUACGAAGAUUUGCUACUUUGGGUGGUUGGCGUAAUUUUGUUU